UAACAUUAACAACAAUGGCCAAUAACUUUAUGUUGAUGAUAUUAUGUUGCUUGGCAUUACUAUUUGAAAUCCGAGGGAAUGAGGCUGUCCAGUACACUGUAACGAACAACGCAGCAACAACACCAGGUGGUGCUCGGUUCGCUAGAGAGAUUGGGGUUCAGUAUACCUUACAAACCAUGAACACCUCCACAGCCUUCAUCUGGAGGACUUUCCAGCAGAACUCCGAUGCUGAUCGGAAAAAUUUUCUGAAAGUUAGCUUGUUCAUCAAUGACAUGGACGGAGUGGCUUAUGCCGUUGGCAGCGAGAUCCAUGUCAGCGCCAGGUACAUUAAUGGGUAUGGGGGCAAUGUGAAAAAUGAGUUCACUGGCGUUUUGUACCAUGAAAUGACCCAUGUGUGGCAGUGGAAUGGCAACGGGCAGGCGCCGGGUGGUCUGAUAGAAGGAAUAGCUGAUUAUGUGAGGCUGAAAGCUGGUUAUGCCGCGAGCCACUGGGUGAGGCCCGGGCAAGGUGACCGGUGGGAUCAAGGCUACGACGUGACUGCUAGGUUUCUCGACUACUGCAACGGACUCAGUAAUGGAUUUGUGGCUCAACUCAACAAGAAGAUGAGAAGUGGUUACAGCAACAAUUACUUUGUGGACUUGCUGGGGAAGACUGUGGAUCAGCUCUGGAGAGACUAUAAAGCCAAGUAUGCAGCAACUUGACUUGUUAUGGCACCAAACUAUGUGGACUCGAUAUGAUGUGCUUUGUGACAUGCUCUAUUUCAGAAUAAUGAUGAAUACGAAUAAAGU